AUGGAGAGAGAUGGAGAAAUUCUGCAUAGAGCCAAGAGGGAGUGGAUGUGGAGGCAGUUCUUUCUGUUGGAAGAAUACACUGGAAGUGACUACCAGUAUGUUGGAAAGCUUCGGUCAGACAAGGACAGAGGUGACGGCACUGCCAGGUACGUGCUGUCCGGAGAGGGAGCGGGCACCGUGUUUCGCAUCGACGAGAAGUCCGGAGACCUCCACGCCACGCAGAGACUGGACAGAGAGGAGAAAUCCUCGUACUCGCUACAAGCCCAAGCUUUCAAUAGAAACACGGGCUUGCCGCUUGAGCCCGCCACCGAAUUCGUCAUUAAGAUUCACGACAUCAACGACAACGCUCCGCAGUUCACCAAAGCCGUCUACACCGCCAGCGUCCCUGAGAUGUCACCCGUCGGUACUUUUGUUCUGGAAGUCAAUGCCACAGAUGCGGAUGACGCGACUUACGGCAACAGCGCUAAACUUGUCUACAGCAUCCUCCAAGGCCAGCCGUACUUCUCCGUGGAGCCUGAGACUGGAAUCGUCAGGAUAGCCCUUCCGAACAUGGACCGGGAAUUGCGGAGGGAUUACCAGGUGGUCAUCCAGGCCAAAGACAUGGCGGGACAGAUGGGUGGCCUUUCUGGGACCACUGUCGUCAACAUCACCCUCACAGACGUUAAUGACAGUCCGCCUCGAUUCUCUUACAGCUCUUACCAUCUGAGCACUUAUGAAUCAGCCGAGAUCGGAUCGACAGUGGGCCGAAUAAAGGCUAAUGACAGUGACGAAGGAGACAACGCCGAGAUGAGGUACAGAAUCGUGGACGGGGACGGAAAGGACAUGUUCGAUAUCAUAACGGACGAAAUGACACAAGAGGGUGUGAUAAUUGUGAAAAAGAAACUGGAUUAUGAGAGUAAACGAGUCUACACGGUAAAGGUAGAGGUGGCCAACGUUCACCUGGACCCCAGCUUCACCAACAUGGGCCCGUUCACUGACACGGCCAUCGUCAGGGUGACGGCCAAGGACGUCGACGAGCCUCCGGUCUUCAGCAGGAACCCCUACGUGAUUGAAGUGAACGAAGACACGCCAAAGGGUAGUCUGAUUGGCACCGUUACUGCCUGGGACCCGGACAACACAGAUUAUCCCAUCCAGUACUCCAUAGACCAACACACAGAUCUGGAUAGACUCUUCUAUAUCGACCCCAGAAAUGGAUCAAUCAGGACUCUGAAGUCUCUGGACAGAGAAGUGUCCAAAUGGCACAACAUCUCUGUGCUUGCCAGUGAGAUAAAUAACCCUCGACAGAGGAGUCGAGUUCCCGUCUUAAUAAAAGUUCUAGACGUGAACGACAACGCUCCGGAGUUCGCUAUGUUUUACGAGACGUUUGUGUGUGAAAACGUUAAAGCCGGGCAGUUAAUACAGACGAUAAGCGCUAUAGACACGGACGAGCCUUUGAUUGGCCACAAGUUUGUCUUCAGUUUGAGUUCCGCCAAUCCAAAUUUUACAAUCUUUGACAAUGAAGACAACACAGCAAGGAUACUGACCAGAAGAAGUGGAUUCAACAGGCAUGAAAUGAGUGUUUACCACCUCCCUGUGGUCAUCUCUGACAACGAUUACCCCAUCCAAAGCAGCACCAGCACGCUGACCAUCCGAGUCUGCGGCUGCGACAGCGGUGGGAACAUGCGCUCCUGCAGCGUGGACGCCUUGCUCCUGUCAGCCGGUCUCAGCACGGGGGCACUCGUCGCCAUCCUCCUCUGCAUCACCAUCCUGCUCAUGAUAGUGGUGAUGUUUUCUGCUCUGAAGAAGCAGAGGAGGAAAGAUUCUCUGAUCCUUUCCAAAGAGGACAUCAGAGACAACAUCGUUAGCUAUAACGACGAGGGGGGAGGGGAGGAAGACACCCAGGCCUUUGACAUCGGCACCCUUCGCCACCCCGAGGUCAUCGAAACCAACAAGCUGAGGCGUGACAUCAUCCCCGAAAUGCUGUUUCCGUUUUGCCGUUCCUCCCCCAUGAAGGAGUGUUCUGACGUUAGAGACUUCAUCAACAGCAAACUGCAGGAGAACGACACAGACCCCUCUGCUCCGCCGUAUGAUUCGCUGGCCACCUACGCUUACGAGGGGAACGGAUCUAUCGCCGAAUCGUUGAGUUCGCUGGAGUCUUCCACGAUGGAAGGUGACCACGAAUAUGAUUAUCUCACCAACUGGGGGCCUCACUUUAAAAAGCUGGCAGAUAUGUACAUUGGCAAGGACACUACAGUAGACAUCUAG